AUGACAGAAGAAACGUAGUUUGGUAGUACACCGUAGAAUACGCAGAAAGGGUAGUUUGGUAAUAGUGACGGACACAAUAGCUGUGCGUCCAAGUUUAGUAAGGAACUCAGUGUCAACAAAAUAGCUGUGCUAGUCAAAGUGUCAAACCCUCCUCGUGUCCUUCCAGGUCCUCCGAUUCCGCCUCCGUCCCCCAGGUGCUCGACGGGAUGCCGAAGAGAGCAUUCAGAUACGCCGUGGUUGAUGCCUUCACGGAUGAGCCGUUCAAGGGCAACUCCGCGGCCGUCUGCCUCUUGGAGGACGACGACGACGCUGGCGCCGCAAGAGACCAUCUGGACGAGCGGUGGAUGCAGUCGGUGGCAGCAGAGUUCAACACCCCCAUCACCGCGUUCCUGGUCCGUUUCGGUGCCGCCGGUGCCGGUACGGAUGCUGCAGGGGAUGGUGUUACGGCGUUGACUCCCCAGUUCCGUAUCCGCUGGUUCACUCCGGUUCGUGAGAGUGAACUUUGUGGCCAUGGGACGUUAGCUGCUGCGCACUACCUAAUCUCAUCUGGCCUUGUGGAGUGUGACGCUAUAGAGUUUGUGGCAAAAUCUGGACGUCUAACAGCUAAGAAAGUUGUUGGGUCGAAGGGUAGAAACAAUUUAUAUUCUCCUGCACAGCAUACCUGCUCAAAGUUCUUUGUAGAAUUGGAUUUUCCUGUUAUCCCGGUGGUAAAAUGCAAUUCUGCAGAGGUGUUUUCGCUUCCUGAUACUCUAAAUGGUGCUUCUGUCAUUAAUGAGCUGCAAGCCGUCUCUGCUUUUUCUGAUCUCAUUGUGGAAGUUAGUUCAUGUGAUGAAGUUGAAAAUGUUUGUCCUAACGUUGCUGAACUAGUCCAGUGCCCUGUAAGAGGCGUUGCCAUUACAGGUCCAGCUCGUGAAGGAUCUAGCUAUGAUUUUGUCACUCGUUUCUUCAGCCCAAAAUAUGGAAUAAAUGAGGACCCGGUCUGUGCUAGCGUACACUGCUCCUUGGCACCUUACUGGGGUCAGAAGCUGGGGAAACAUAACAUGACAGCUUUCAUGGCCUCUCCAAGGAGUGGAACACUAUAUCUGCAGUGGGAUGAGGAAACUCAGAGGGUCCGAAUCCGUGGAGAAGCUAUAACUGUCAUGGUUGGCACACUUCAUGCCUAGAGUAAGUUACUUCGUGAUUGUUGGCAAAAAGAAUGUGUAACUGUGCCCAGGAAUAAUAGGUACUCUGUUUGGUGGGGAAAUGUUUGACUCCCCUGCCCAACAAUUGAAUCUAGAUAAUUCAAGGUACAAUAUGGCCUAUCCUGUCCAUGCAAGGAUAUAUACUGAAUAGAAGGUAAUUUUCCUAGAGCUUUAUUUUCUUUUGCUUUUGAAAUAAAUGGCAGGAGUGUUGUCUGAUCCAUUGGGAUGAUGGAGUACAUAAUCAAGUACAACUCUAUUUAUCAAUAGCAUAGAAGGUUAAAUGGUUCACAACUUCACAAUAGUACAUUUGUAUAUGUGUAACUUGGAUUUGCCAUUUUAGUAACUCGUCCUUCUAAAUUGCAUGUUGCCUUGUUCAUGUCCCUGUAUGUAUGAAGAUGUUUUCCAUUGGUAGAGUGACAGCAGAUUCUAUAUAUCUCAAUCUCAUUACUCGUUGCCCUGUUGAUGUCCCUGUAUGCACGUUGCCUUAUUUUCAAAGAGAAGAGGCCUUGUUUUCCAGUAUCAUGGAUAGGCAGUUGGGCCAUAAGCAGCAUUUGACAGUGUGAAAAAACUUCGACAGGAGCAGAACUACAUAUAAUUCGGAAGUAUGGAGGCAUCGAUGGCUGUUUGCUUCGUGGUGGUCAUGAUCCUUGAGGUAAAUGUGGGUCACAUGCACGGCAGGGCGAGAUCGGGAGUGCCUUCUCUAAAGAAGAAUGGGGAAGGAGAGAAGAACACAAGGUUUUUGGAGGUAGUAGAUUAGUUCAUCUUUCAUCAUCCAUACUGUCUACACAGCAGCCAAGAGUAUAUAUGAACACAGUUAAAGGCACGCAGGCCCAAACCACAACCGAUUCCCUAAAGCUAUUACAGGCCCAGGGCCAGGUCGUGACAGCGGUCUGAGAAUUUUCUGGCCCAAGCAACUGAUCUCAGGCAUUCAUUUUGCUCUGGAUGUGGCCAACGUUGCUGCCUGGCAUCUAUCAGUAUAUUCCUCGUGGGUUUGUUGUAAGAUAUACAGAGGAAUUUUAAUUCUAGUCCGUUUAUAUGUAUGUUCUUAUCAAAACUCUUAGACCUUGGUAGAGCUAUAUAUAGAGAGCUUUAUGUUGUAAUCACCAAUAUUCAUAGGGAUAAAGAAUAAUCUCUGUAUCUAGUGUCAUGUCUAUUUGUUCUUUAUUUUCA